AGACAACAAGGUGCAGGGCUGGAUGAACACAGCAGGCCAAGCAGCAUCACAGGAGCAGAGAGGCUGACGUUUCGGGCCUAGAAGUCAGCUCUGCUCCUAUGAUGCUGCUUGGCCUGCUGUGUUCAUCCAGCCCUGCAUCUUGUUGUCUCGGAUUCUCCAGCAUCUGCAGUUUCUACUGUCUCUAUUAGACAGCUAACAUGAGCUACAUGCGGAACAGAGACUAAUCAGGAGCUAAUGAGAGCAUGUAGCGAUGACAAUCUCUUUAAAUUUUGCGCCGUUAUUUGCACCAUGAUUAAUUUAGAAGGAUAGGUAGGAGGUUUAGAGGGGACUUGAUUUUUUUUCCACCCAGUAGAGGGUAGUGAUUUGGAAGGCACUACCUGUGAGGGUAGUUGAGGCGGGUAACCUCACAGUACUUGGAUGCACACUCAAAGUGUCAUAACUUUAAGGCUAUGGGCCCGGAAAGUGGAUGAGUGUAGAUUUAGUGUAUUUUUCUCAGUACAGACUCGAUGGGCCGAACAGCCUCUUUUGUAUUGUAUGAUUCUAAGGUGGACGUGUACUGUCCUACCAGCGAUUAUAACGGACUGAUAUCAAGGACAGUGAAGAGACAAUAGCUGUGUCAAACGUCAGCACUGAUUUAACUUGCUCCUGUGUCAUUUCCAUGCAAACAUCAUCAAUUAUGAUAUUAAAUCCCCGUUGUGCUAAUGUUUGUAAAGCGCGCCCCAAUUAAGAAUUUUAUGACGGCUCAAGGGAAAUUAUUCUACAGUUUCUUAGGAAUCCUGACAAUUGGUAAACUGCCCUUACAUAAAUUAUAUUUUGGAACAAGGUUUUUUUUUCAAAUCGCUGUCUCGUAACUUUUCCAAUCUACCAACAAUAAUGUGGCUUUUAACCUAUUAUUUCACACUAAUUCUCUCUCCUCGCCAAGUAAAUGCUUCAACAUUUUGCUGGAAGACAUUUACACUGGACGCAGUCCUGUGUAGCCAUUGAAUUCCGACACAGUAGGCAUACCGCUGUGCCAUAAAGCACAUCACAGGGGAAUCCUUUUUUGACCUUUUUGAUGUGGUUUAUCACUAUAUUCAAAGAGAAACCUUGGCUAAUUCUCUUCCAGGAUAUAGAACCCCCUCGGUUAUGCGAAAUAGUACCAUUGGAAUAGGUAUAAGAUUCGUUCGAUACCGUCAAAGGACGCAGAAACACAACUGUCGAAUGAUAUUAGGAUUAAUUGCAAUCCGGAACAGUAUUCGUGUGUUCAUAGCGCAGGGGAUUGUGUUCGACGCCGCACAGGCUCCAGGUGGAAGUGACUGCGGAAAGAACAGUUAACGUUUCCCGCCAAACAGCGGGAGGUUCGUGGCUUCCGGGUAAACACAAGGAGGAGUAAAUGGCGGACGAUCUGGAGGGUCCACGCACGAGGAUUAACACGAGCCUGGUCUCGCGGUUCACCGGGAGGGCCGUUUGUUUCGUGGGCAGAGUUCAGAAGGUUCAUCCCUCUGGGACCUCCUUUGUUCUGUCAGAUGGUGAUGGGAAGAAUGUAACAGUGGAAAUGACUGAUCCACUUGAUGAGGAGUUGAGUGGAGUCAUUGAAGUGGUUGGAAAAAUCACACCAAAAGCCACCAUCCAGGCUGCAUAUUACGCUCCUUUCCGAGAGGACAAAAACAGUUUUGAUCUCCACCUUUACAAUGAAGCCCUGAAUAUCAUACAUGAGUUUCCACAGUACUAUCCAUUUGGUGUUACAGGAAGUGGUUGAUUUCCUACUUUUUUUAGUCUGCAAAGACAUUGCCAUUUGGGAAGACAAGAUCUCAACUGCCUAAUUGAACGUCUCAUAUAACUUAUCAUUUUACUCAAUAGAGUUGUCAAUAUAGUAACCUAGGUCUCUGGAAUCUGUUACCUUUGAAAUGAAAGAAAAGGUGUGAUGGAGUCAUUUUAUAGAAUACUGCAAAACUAAUUUUCAAAGGUAUGCAUUUGUUGAAAGAUAAUUUUACAUGGAUAUUUAAAGUCAAGGGAGUUCAGCACUUCAGAAAUUGAUAUUUUUUUUUCAUAAGUGGAGCUUAUAAAUCAUAGUACUUCACCUGCGAGAAAAGUGAGUAAAAUGUAAACAUUUAAAGCUUGUUCAAGAUUCAUAAAGGAUGGCAAUGUAAAAUAUACUGGCUUACUAAUGGUUUGUUGUAGUCCAAUUUAAAACAAAAGCUUUUUGGAAAAAAGCUUUAUUGGUGACAUUUGGGUUAAAACAUUGUGACCAGAUUACGAUCAAUGAGUGUACUCAUUUGUUUGAACUUCAGUAACGACUAACUUCUUUGGUAUUUCUGAAAUGCUGCUUUGAUUAUACAGUUUUCAGGGCAGGACGUGAAAUAAAGCCAAGUACUCUGUAUAA